CUUAGAAUGUAUAACUGAGUACAAAUAAAUGUCUUAUCUUCUCGUGUUUAAUAAUUAAUCCUCACAUAUUUUAUUAAACAUUUGUUGUUGUGCAUAGGUUGAACCUUAGACAGUAUCAAUGGCAGUUAGCAAAGAUCAAGUUGAAGAACUCAGUCUACAUAUUUCUCUCACAGAUGUUGGAAAAUACUCUCUUUGCCAACUAUGUGUGUAUAUUUUGUGUAACAUAAAUGAAACCCGUUGUGAUGUUGAUUGGUCGAAGUCUUAUAUCUCAAAAAUUAUUGAAGAGUUAGGUCUGCCCUUGUCUGUAGCAACUUCGUUAUGUUUGAUGUUAGACGAAACCAAAGGAAGCGAGGAUGAUAAAAACAUGGAAUUGUUAAUAAAUGCUCUAAAAGAUGAAAGAAGCCUUAGUGAGGACAUCAAUGUUCUUAAUCAGGAAUUGAUUCGUUUAUCAAUUAAACAAGGAGGUUAUGAUGCUAGAGCAAGAGUUUUGAUUUACAUUUUUGCACGAAAAUUGGGAACAAGGGAAGAGCAGGUUUUGUUAUAUGAAGAUGACUUAGCAGAUAGUUUGAAUGUUCUUAUACAGGAAGACAAAGAAGUCCACGAAGAAGCUGACAAAAGAAAGUCUUACAGGCGAAAGAAGAAGGCAUUAAUGAUAGGUCUAGGUGUUGUUGCAGGUGGGGCGAUCAUUGGGCUAACGGGCGGAUUAGCAGCACCUGUUGUCGCUGCAAGUGCAGGUGCAUUGAUAGGAGGGAGUGGGGCUACAUUCUUGGCUUCUUCUGCUGGUCUGGCAUUUAUCACAUCCGUGUUUGGAGCCACUGGAGCUGGUCUUACUGGUUAUAAGAUGAGCCGACGUGUUGGUAUGACUGAGGAGUUUGGUUUUAUAAAUCUGUCUGACUGUGUACAUCGUUUACAAUUGACAAUUUGUGUAUCCGGCUGGCUCACACAAGAUGGCACUGAAGAGUUUAUCACACAAUGGUCAGCACUCUCGCCAUCUCUGGAAGCUUAUUCCUUGGUCUGGGAAAGUAAAUUCUUGUUAGAAUUGGGUUCAGCAAUUCGGGACAUUAUUACAACAAACGUUGUAGGCACAGCAACAGUAGAGGCUCUCAAAUACACUGUUUUGCAAGGUAUAAUGGCAGCAAUUGCAUGGCCUGUUACACUAUUGAACGCUGCUUCUCUGAUUGAUAAUCCAUGGAGUGUGUGUGCUAGCCGGGCGAAGGAAGUUGGCAGAGAACUUGCGCGGGUGUUAUUAUCACGUGAGCAAGGUAAACGUCCAGUCACUCUAAUUGGUUUCAGUCUUGGCGCACGUGUUAUCUACUAUUGCUUGGAAGAGCUGACUGCGCAUGCUGAUUCUGGUGGGAUUAUCCAAAAUGUCAUUGUACUUGGUGCACCAGUGAGUGGCAAUGCUGAGAAGUGGCAGCAAUUUUCAGAUGUUGUUGCUGGUACUAUCUUUAACGGGUUUUGUCGCAAAGAUUGGUUAUUAAGAUUCAUUUAUCGAGCUUCUUCUAUGCGGGCUAGCAUAGCUGGUUUAUGUGAGAUUCCUUGGAAGAGCAAGAAGAUGAUUAACAUCGACCUUACUAAAAUUAUCAACGGCCAUAUGGACUAUGCAGAUCCUGAAAAUCUAAGAGUUAUCUUUGAAAUGGUUGGAGUAAAUACUGAUAGCUGCCAUAAUCCGUUACCAAGCGAUUCAAAUGAGGAGUCUACACAUUGCCUUGUCAAAGAUAUUCUGAAUGAACAAAUUGAUAAUGCGAUGGAAAUUGCGCUAACUAAAUGACUAUUUAACUUGGUAAAUUUAAAAUUUGCUAACAGUAUACCUUCCGAAGUUAAGCGGCAACUAUUAUAGACAUUGGAGGCUAUAACACUAACAACUUGUAAUGAAGCAUCGGAAUCGAAGAAAGAAAUUAAGGAAAACUUCAAUGAACUCAGGCCCAAGAAAGCUUAUUUGUUUACCUCAAUUAGCAUUGAAAUAUUAGAUGAAUAAACCUUGCAAGCAUCGUAGACUUAGAUACUCGUCAGCGUUAAAAAGAUUACUGUAAAUAUCUCUAAUCACUGUUUACAUGAGACCGGAACGAAGCCUGUCAUACAUGUUAUAGUGGUGCAAUUGUCUUUGCUUGCUUGAAACCUCGACGGCGUAUCAAACUUUUUCAGAAAAAGUAAAAUAUAAAAACAAAUACUGACAGGGUUCCAAUCAAUCUCUUAUCGAGAGUACGAGAUUGAGUUCGAACAUGUGCUGAUGAUGUUCCUGUGCAAUGUUUGAUUGCAAAGCAAGUGAGUUCGAUAAGUUCACAAUCAAUGGCAUAUACUGCCUAUAGUGACAAUUUUCUAACGAUGAUGUAUUUGCCUCAAGGCAUAGUCAAUAUGCUCAAGUCCAACUAAUUACGGCACUUACCACCAUCAAACCUUUUCAUAAAAUUAAACAAAUAGAAGGUUCGAACCUGCGCUCAUAUAAUAUAACGACCAUAAAGCUACCGGGUUAUGUGGUUCGACAAUGGCAAUUUUAUAAUGACUAUAGAAUGUUAGGUCAUAACUUUGGUCAUCUAUAUAGCGAUAAUAUUAAAUUUAGAAAUGUGUAUGUGAAAUGAGUCAGCCUAGGCCAUAUGACGGACAAUAUUAUCAGUACUAAACAACAAAACUUUCAUUGAUGAUAAUUUCAGACUUUGUUGAUGCCAAGUCUUAUCAUGAUAAUCUCAGACUUUGUUGAUGCCAAAUCUUAUCAUUGGUAAUAAUUUAAUUAGGGGUCAUGCAGGUACUAAUUGGGACGAAAGUCCUGUUCCUCAUCCUAGUCACGUAUGUUGUCUUGUAGCAUGUUAUUCAUAAUUUCUGCAUGGUGAUUUAUCAAUAUUGAUUUUAAUUAUAUUUGUAGUAUUUCUUAUCUUAUUAAUACUCUACGACUGGUUUUCCUUCAGAAAUAAAUUGGGAAAUAUUUAAAACAUAUUAACUUUCCAAGACCAAACCAUUUUUUAAACAUUUGCUUCGCAACACAUUUUCGUCGAUUCUGAAACAUGAUUAUGAUGCCGAUAUAAAACGUGGAAAUACAAACUUAGAUUUUGUCUUUAAGUUUCACUACAAUAAAUAUUUUAUUAUAUUUGGAGUAAUUACCAUAUUUAGUGGUCGUGCCACAGUCAGAAGACUUUGUCUUUGUAGACAUUCAGGCAAUUACACGGCGAAGCUAAAUAUUUUUAAAGUACUUUCGAAAUAUUUCUAUUUGCCGUAAUUUGGAGAUAAAAUUAAAAAUAUAUAGAUAUAGUCGCUAUCACGUAUUUUGUGUGGUUUUUUUUCAAUAAUUAGUGUAUUUUCCUUUUUAAAGAUAUUUCAUCUUGAUACCAUUGUAAUAAAGCACAAUAAUAUACUUGACCUUGUAGGUUUGCAUGGUAAAAAUAAGUAUAAUUGUUUUGUUUUGUUUAAAAUUUGUUUUGUGGGCACGUUAAUUUGUUUCUUUGCCUCGCCUCGGCUUUGGCGAAGCUUUCGAUCCAUUAUUACUCCGGUCUUCAUUGGCAUUGCCAUUGGUGCUAUAAAUAGAGAAUAAUCAUGGGUGCGCGGAAUUAUUUCGAGUGUUGAACUAGCCUGCGUGGCAGGCCCUCCCUUUUAUGGGGG